UUUAAAAAUGGCCGCAGCUUCUUCGGAAUAUCGAUAGAUCGGCUGUCAACAAAGCGCGACCGAUAUAUGUCAUUUGUCACUAUUAUCGUAGCGUACACGUCAAUGGCCUGACUUAUUUAUAGUAUUCUACUCGUUCGAUCGCCCGCGCGGCCUGCCAAGUAUUUUGACGCAAGAGACCGACGUGAAUGCGAUUUCGCACUUUUGAGAUACGCUGCAUAGGAGAUCGCAUUUCGCAUUCAAUUGCGCUCGCUGUUCUCUCCGUGGUUAAAAACUACGCGAAACCGUUUACCCGUCGCGAUAGCACCUUGCAUCGUUGCUGUCCAGUUUCAAUUGGACUGGCAACCAGUGAACGAACGCGAACGUGAAUCAUCAAGAACAGCAAAGAAUAGUAACACCAGAUCAGCUACUUCUGUGCCCUCAUACUUCUAUCAGGAUUUAUCUGAUUUUGGAAGACCACAUAACUGUGGAACAGAAGCUUGGUCUUGGCGAAAAAUGGUUCCACCUAUUGAUCCAAGAACCCAAUCACCACCACGAGUAGAAGGGACAAAGCCUUCCAAUGUGAACAAGAUGCCUGACAGAAACCAAAUAGAGAGUCGUUUAAAUCAGAUCAGAGAAUAUAUUAAGGUCACUGCAACAAUGAUGGAUUCUCUUAGUCUAUCUUCAGAUCCUCGUGCACAAGCUCAGAACGAAAAACUAGGUAGAAUGGUAGAGGAUCUUCAUGACAGUGAAAGUAAGCUGUCCAAAUUAUUAGAGCAAUGUCAUAAUCAUGGAGUUUCCGACGAGAACAGUGAAAAUGGUAGGGAGGAUAUGGACGAACGUAGCGAUACUAGCAGAGAAAUGCAGUUACGAAGAAAUGUGGAAGAGUAUCAGAGCAAACUCGCUCAAUUGCAAGAACAUCAAACUAAUUUGGUGGGAAUGCAGAUGCGCUUCAGAGAAAGAUUGAACGAAGCGCGUCAAGCGCAACAGAUGCUUUUGCAGCAAGAGAAUCAGAAUACAUCUUUGCCGGGCCCUGCUAAUGUGGAACAACUGGAGUCUGAAACAGAGGUAUUGCGGGGAAAGUUGGCGCAACUUCAGACGAAGAAAAAACAUAUGGAUCAUCUCGUAGCGGAAUUACAGGCCAUAGAGGCAUUCGAGAGAGGCAGCAGCAGUUCCGAGGGUUCACGAAACACGAUUAGAGAUAAAGCUGCAGAAUUGGAGGCGAUGAAAACACAGCUUGCGCAUAUAAAAGCUUUGAUGGAAGACAGUACGAAAAUUCGUGAUUCUGUAGAUUCUACUUCCGAGCUCGAGCAAGACGUUGAUGUUAAUAGUGAAGAUGCCGCGGACUUGGAAAUCACUGAGGAUGAAAAUGCGGCGAAUAUUUCGUUUGAACGUCAAAGCGACAGUGACGACAUUGGCCACGGCAAGAUCCGUAAUUUCAGUGACAGACCUACAAUUGAAGAUGUAGAGGCUAUAAUGUGGGAAUUUAAGGAAUCGUUUUUAAAGAUACGCGAUCUUCAAACUAUGCGAGCUGACUUACAACGUUUAAAACAACCAUCACUAUCUACGGCUGCUCAUUCUACGUCUUCGUCUUCUUUUCUAUCUACAACUCCGCCUCCAGCGCUUAAGGAACAAUCGAUUUCAAAGAUACGCGAUCUUCAAGCUACGCGAGCUGAAUUACAACGUUUAAAACAGCCAUCACUACCUACGACUGCUCAUUCUACGUCUUUGUCUUCUUUUCCAUCUACAACUCCGCCUCCAACGCUUACUCCUUCCAGCAUAAACGAAAAGAAGCAGAGUAAUAACGUCAGUACAGAUACACAACAAGCAAAAAGACGUCAACUGGAAGAUCUUAUAAAGAAGGAACAAACACAACCCUCUAAUGUGAAUCGGGACAUCCAGGGGCCGGAUCUAAAUAGUCAAAGAAGUUCUGGUUCUCAAACUAGUCAUACGAGCACGCCUGCAAAUGUUUGGCUACCUUCCGCUGUCAUAGGAGGUUCCAAUGAGCAAAGUGUAGACGGCGUGUCUAUGUCGGAAAAUUUAUUAGACGUCGGUCCACAAACUGCUGCUAUCGAGAAUGGAUUUCCUGUAAAUUGGUGGAGUUGUCCUUUACCACCUAUAAAUCCGGUUCAACAUGCCUCGGCAGAGUAUUACCGGCAACUAAUACUGGGUUCGCAAGCUCAACAGCUCCAAAUGAUGAAUACGACUAUACAUCAGUGUUGUCAUCUCUUAUGGGCGCAGCAGCGUGAGUUACAAUCCAUGCGCACGGCUAUCAUACAGUUGCAGUUGCAGCUGAGACAAAAUCAGCCUCCACAGCGUGCCAGUAAUGCUGAAAGUCAGGAAGAAUACUCCAAUUUGAGCCGUAGCGUACACCAUCUCGGUGAUACGUUGGAUGCAACUUUACCUCCCAGCUCAUCCUUGCCGAAUCUCGUGUCGCUACCGAAUUCUUCAGCAGCGCUGUCGCAUACUCCGGUAGUCACUACUAACUCACAACAGCAACAGCAACAACUAAACAAUCAAGUACCUCCUGGUAAUAGAGCGAACAACUACUGGGACAAUUUUCGCAGCUAUUCUCGACAAAAUCUUCUCUCAGGAAAUGUAAAAACAAUAACUGAUACUUCGACAGCUGUAACGAAUUCGGCAUCUUCAGCAAACACGAUUGGUACAAGUGGAAAUAGUGUCAACAGUUCAUUGAUGAAAGACAAACGGAAUCGAGAACAAGGAACUGAUAAUUUGCCUAUACCGUUAAGUGCAGAAGCACAAUAUUCAUUAAACUUACAAUUACCGUCUAAUCUGCAACAACAAGAUAGAGAAAAUACUACUAUUCGCAGUAACAUUAUAGCAAAUGAAGUAUCUCAACAAGUCGAUAAUAUUUGGGAAGAAGCUUACAGUUCUUUCAGAUUACCGUCUACGACGAAUGACGAUAAUCUCCUUCAUAAUUUAAGCUCAGAGAUGAAAGAAGCACUUAGUUCACUCAUUGCGGUGAAUAAAAGACGGCCCGAUUAUUUAAUAAUUAUUUUGAGGGAAAUUAAGGCCAUUAGCGAAGAUCACAGAUUGCGACCUCAGUUAUUACGAUCAUUACGUGCUCUGCAAGACACGCAAACACUAAUGAGUAACCCAUUGAACGAAGUGACUGACUUAACUCCAAGCGAAAGUUGCCAAUCUAGCGACGAAGAUUCGGAUGUUGGUGCAAUAUUAGGUUUCGGCUUGGAGAACCAAUCGUCUGCGACUGAGUUGGUUGCAACAUCUCAUGUCAUAGACACUGCCUCUUCGCCGGCAUCACAAGUGCCAUUGAUAGAUCACUUGGAUAUAUCGGGAACAUUUUCACUCGACUGUGCCAGUGCUCUCCCUUCCACUUCUAACGGUAAAUCUGGUUACAACGAAGAUUUAGCAGAAGCCGAUCAAUCAAGACCCGAAUCUUCGGGAAAUCAAAAACCUUCUACUAUCGACACGGAUAAUGAAGAAGGCCAAGAAGAAGCAGCGUCUUGUCCUAUUGGCGCAGAAGCAAUUACGCCUGAUCUCGAAAGUCUUGCUGCUAAAACUGAAGACGAAAGAGCAGACGGCACCGAACUCGAUAAAUUUUAUUACUAGAUUAUAUCCUAAGCCGUGAUGUUAUUUAUAUAAAUGACUUGCAGCUAUUUUAAGCAUAAUGGGAAAGAGAUGUGGAUAUAUCAGGUCUUGAUCUCUGACAAGAGAUAUCGACUUACCAUUGUUUCCGAUUUUAAAAGUAUCGACUAAUAAUAAUAAAUAAAUAAUCGAAGUCUGAUACAAUGAA